AUGGCGGCCGAGAGCGGCCCCGGCACGCGCCUGCGGAACCUCCCGGUGCUGCCGGACGCGCUGACUCCCCAGCCCUCGGCGGCGCCGGCGCCCGGCCAGGCCCAGCCCGGGGGCGGCGUCGGGGUCAAUCCGCCGCCGCCUGAGACCUCCAACCCCAACAAACCCAAGCGCCAAACCAACCAGCUGCAGUAUCUGCUCAAGGUGGUCCUCAAGACCCUCUGGAAGCAUCAGUUCGCGUGGCCCUUCCAGCAGCCCGUGGACGCCGUCAAGCUCAACCUCCCGGAUUAUUAUAAAAUCAUUAAAACUCCGAUGGACAUGGGAACAAUUAAGAAACGUUUGGAAAACAAUUAUUACUGGAACGCUCAAGAAUGUAUCCAGGAUUUCAACACCAUGUUUACAAACUGCUACAUCUACAACAAGCCCGGGGAUGACAUAGUGCUGAUGGCAGAAGCUCUGGAGAAGCUUUUCCUGCAGAAGAUCUCGGAGAUGACGCAGGAGGAAACCGAAAUCGUCAUCGCCCAGACCAAGGGCCGCGGCCGCGCCCGCAAGGAGCCAGCAGUGCCCUCCAAGCCGGGCUCCUCGGCGGUGCCCAACGCCUCCCAGGGCUCCUCCCCGGCUCCCCCGGCGCCCGCGGCUCCCCCGGUGCCGGGCCUGGCGCCGCCGCUGCCCUUCGGGGCUCCGGGCCGGGGGCUCCGGAGCUGCUGGUGCCGCCGCGGUGACCGUGGUGCCCCCGUGCCCGCCCCCGCCCCCGGCCCCGCGCCCCGGCCCCCGCCCGCCCUGCAGCCCCACCCGCCCGUCAUCCCCACGCCCGCGCAGCCCGUCAAGACAAAGAAAGGCGUGAAGAGGAAAGCAGACACCACCACUCCCACCGCCAUGGACCCCAUCCACGACUCGUCCUCGCUGCCCGCCGAGCCCAAGGCCAGCAAGCUGGGCCCGCGGCGCGAGGGCGGCCGGCCCGUCAAGCCCCCCAAGAAGGAGAUGCCGGACUCGCAGCAGCACCCGCUGGAGCUCCGCGGCUCCAAGGCCUCGGAGCAGCUCAAAUACUGCGGCGGCAUCAUCAAGGAGAUGUUCGCCAAGAAGCACGCGGCCUACGCCUGGCCCUUCUACAAGCCCGUGGACGUGGAGGCGCUGGGGCUGCACGACUACUGCGACAUCAUCAAACACCCCAUGGACCUGAGCACCAUCAAGUCCAAGCUGGAGGGCCGGGAGUACCGCGACGCUCAGGAGUUCGCGGCCGACGUGCGGCUGAUGUUCUCCAACUGCUACAAGUACAACCCCGCCGACCACGAGGUGGUGGCCAUGGCCCGCAAGCUGCAGGACGUGUUCGAGAUGCGCUUCGCCAAGAUGCCGGACGAGCCGGAGGAGCCGGUGAUCCCCGCCUGGUCCCCCGUGGUGGUCCCGCCCCCCACCAAGGUGGCGCCGCCCUCGUCCAGCGACAGCAGCAGCGACAGCUCCUCCGACAGCGACAGCUCCUCCGACGACUCCGAGGAGGAGCGGGCGCAGCGCUUGGCCGAGCUCCAGGAGCAGCUGAAGGCCGUGCACGAGCAGCUGGCGGCGCUGUCCCAGCCCCAGCAGAACAAACCAAAGAAGAAGGAGAAGGACAAGAAGGAGAAGAAGAAGGAGAAGCACAAAAAGAAGGAGGAGCUGGAGGACGCCAAGAAGAGCAAAGCCAAGGAGCCGCCGCCCAAGAAGGCCAAGAAGAGCAACAGCAACAGCAGCGCCUCCAGCAAGAAGGAGCCGGCGCCGGUGAAGCCCAGCAAAGCCGCGCCCGCCUACGAGUCGGAGGAGGAGGAGAAGUGCAAGCCCAUGUCCUACGAGGAGAAGCGGCAGCUGAGCCUGGACAUCAACAAACUGCCCGGCGAGAAGCUGGGCCGCGUCGUGCACAUCAUCCAGUCCCGGGAGCCCUCGCUCAAGAACUCCAACCCCGACGAGAUCGAGAUCGACUUUGAGACGCUGAAGCCGUCGACGCUGCGCGAGCUCGAGCGCUACGUCACCUCCUGCCUGCGCAAGAAGAGGAAACCCCCAGAGAAGCUCGACGUCCUGGCCGGCUCCUCCAAGCUCAAGGGCUUCUCGUCGUCCGAGUCGGAGUCCAGCAGCGAGUCGAGCUCCUCGGACAGCGACGAGUCGGACUCAGAAAUGGCGCCGAAGUUGAAGAAAAAAGGGCACUCGGGGCGGGAGCAGAAAAAGCACCACCACCACCACCACCCCGCGGCGCCGGCGCCGCCGCCCCCGCGCCGCGCCGCCAGCCCCGCCCCGGCGCUGCAGCGCGCCGCAGCCGCAGCCCGUCCCGCCCGCCCCGCGCCCCUGAAGGCGUCGCCGCCGCCGCCGCCGCCCUUCGUGCCCGCGCAGGUGCCCGUCCUGGAGCACCCCUUGCCGGGCGCCAUGUUCGACACCAUGGCCCACUUUGGCCAACCCAUGCUGCACCUGCCCCAGCCCGAGCUGCCCCCGCCCCACCUGCCCCCGGCGCCGCCCGAGCACAGCACCCCGCCCCACCUCAACCAGCACGUGGUGUCUCCUCCAGUAUUGAGGAUCUCGAUGUCCCUCAAGGGCAUCUUGAGGUUCUUUGAGGAAACCCUGAUGUUCCUGUUGUUCCUCAAGAACAUCUUGGGGUUCUUUGAGGAAACCCUCAUUUUCCUCAAGGACAUUUUAGGGUUCUUUGAAGAAACCCUGAUGUCCCUCAAGAACAUACUGAGGUUCUUUGAAGAAACCCUGAUGUCCCUCAAGAACAUACUGAGGUUCUUUGAAGAAACCCUGAUGUUCCUGAUGUUCCUCAAGGACAUCUUGGGGUUCUUUGAGGAAACCCUGACGUUCCUCAAGGACAUUUUGGGGUUCUUUGAAGAAACCCUGAUGUUCCUGAUGUUCCUCAAGGACAUCUUGGGGUUCUUUGAGGAAACCCUGACGUUCCUCAAGGACAUUUUGGGGUUCUUUGAAGAAACCCUGGUUUUUCUCAAGGACAUUUUGGGAUUCUUUGAGGAAACCCUGAUGUUCCUCAAGGACAUUUUGGGUUUCUUUGAGGAAACCCUGAUGUUCCUGAUGUCCCUCAAGAACAUCUUGGGGUUCUUUGAAGAAACCCUGAUGUUCCUGAUGUUCCUCAAGGACAUCUUGGGGUUCUUUGAGGAAACCCUGACGUUCCUCAAGGACAUUUUGGGAUUCUUUGAGACCAUCCCAAGGUUUUUUGAGAACAUCUUGAUGUCCCUCAAGGACAUUUUAGGGUUCUUUGAAGAAACCCUGAUGUCCCUCAAGAACAUACUGAUGUUCUUUGAAGAAACCCUGAUGUUCCUCAAGGACAUUCUGGGGUUUUUUGAGAACAUCUUGAUGUCCCUCAAGGACGUUUUGGGGUUCUUUGAAGAAACCCUGAUGUUCCUCAAGAACAUCUUGGGGUUCUUUGAAGAAACCCUGAUGUUCCUGUUGUUCCUCAAGGACAUCUUGGGUUUCUUUGAGGAAACCCUGAUGUUCCUCAAGGACAUUCUGGGGUUCUUUGAGGAAACCCUGAUUUUCCUCAAGGACAUUUUGGGAUUCUUUGAGGCCAUCCCAAGGUUUUUUGAGAACAUCUUGAUGUCCCUCAAGGACGAAACCCUGAUGUUCCUCAAGAACAUCUUGGGGUUCUUUGAAGAAACCCUGAUGUUCCUGUUGUUCCUCAAGGACAUCUUGGGACAUUUUGGGUUUCUUUGGGGCCAUCCUGGGAUUUUUCGGGGCGCCCCGGUGGCGGUGACGACGGUGACGAUGACGACGGUGACUGACCGGUGCCCACCUGUUGCAGGUCACCUGCGGGAAGCCCCCUCCCCCCUCAUGAUGCCUUCCCCACAGAUGCCGUUCCAGGGCCUCGUGCCUCAGUCGCCCCCUCAGCAAAACAUCCAGCCAAAAAAACAG